UCGUCAGGACAGAGGGUUUGUGUCCGCGGCCCGGCGUUCGGUUCCCUGGGGUGCGCUAGGGACCGGGGCGACGGCGGCCGCGCGGGGACACGGGGGCGGGGCCGCACCUGUGCGCUGCAGGCACCUGCUGCACCCGAGGAAGAGGGCGGCAGGGUUGGUGGCGCUCUGCUCCGCUUGGUCUGCCCCUCCUGCGCUGGGUCCCGUCUGUCUGGCGAGGGGCUGACAUGAAGCCCCAGGCUCUCGGCCUCGGCUGCAGACUAGCGGGCCCAGCCAGCCUCCAACUCGCUUCCAGGCUAGGGCCGGGCACCAGCCUUACAUCACCUCGGGACAGGCAGUGUGAAUGCUGAGGACAGAAGAGUUUGAUGACACAGCGCUGAAGUUCUUUGUGUGGAGCACACGUAAUGAACCCUUUGUGGAGCAUGUCUGCAGGCUCUGUGCGCAAACGAGCUGAAGGUGAAGAGAAGACAUUAGCAGGAGAUGUGAAAACCAGUCCUCCACGAAGUGCACCCAAAAAACAGCUACCUUCUAUUCCCAAAAAUGCUCUACCCAUAGCGAAGCCUACGUCUCCUGCCCCAGCAGCGCAGUCAACAAACGGCACCCAUGCCUCUUAUGGACCCUUCUACCUGGAAUAUUCGCUUCUUGCAGAAUUUACUCUGGUAGUGAAGCAGAAGCUGCCAGGAGUCUACGUACAGCCAUCUUACCGCUCUGCAUUAGUGUGGUUUGGAGUAAUAUUCAUACGGCACGGGCUGUAUCAGGAUGGCGUAUUCAAAUUUACGGUGUAUAUUCCUGAUAACUAUCCUGAUGGCGACUGUCCGCGCUUGCUGUUUGAUAUUCCCGUCUUUCACCCACUAGUUGAUCCCACCUCGGGUGAGCUGGAUGUGAAAAGAGCGUUCGCAAAGUGGAGGCGGAACCAUAACCAUAUAUGGCAGGUGUUAAUGUAUGCGAGGAGAGUCUUCUACAAGAUCGACACGACGAGCCCCCUGAACCCAGAGGCCGCAGUGCUGUAUGAAAAAGACAUUCAACUUUUUAAAAGUAAAGUGGUCGACAGUGUUAAAGUGUGUACUGCCCGUCUUUUUGACCAGCCCAAGAUAGAAGACCCCUACGCCAUUAGCUUUUCUCCGUGGAACCCUUCUGUACAUGAUGAGGCCAGAGAAAAGAUGCUGACUCAGAAGACAUAAGCUUUACUUUCAGCCCCGAGAAAAAACAUGGUUACCUGGCUCCGGGCCUGUGGCUGAGUUCUGUAACAACGCAUGAUGUUCUGGAAGGACCUGUCUUCUUUUGUGACCUACAAACAGUGAGACUACUUAGAGAGAUCCUCCUCAGGCAUGACAGUGAGCAGCUCAGUGGACCUGUUGCCACUAUAUUCAAAGACUGGAUAGUAAAUGAACAACUGUCUAUUCAUGAAAACCUGAACUGUAGUAAGGAGGCCGGCCUGUAAACCACAGCCUGCAGAAGAGAAGCUCAGGAACUUGAAAUGCUGACUACAAGUGGAAGUUGUUAGAUCUGAACGGCCAAGGAGAAAACAAAAACACGUAUCUAAGGAGGAAGUGUAUUAUCUGAAGAACAGAAAAAAAGAGAAACAGCCUCAGAAAGGUGUUGGACAACAGUUAGCAUAGCAUUAUUCAUGGAACCAGAGCGUCAGAAGAGGAUAGAGGCAGAGAAGCAAGAAAAGAUGUUCAAAGAAAUAGACCAAGCUGAGCAGCAUGGUAGGCAAGAACAGGAAGAUCAAGAGUUUUAGGCCACGUGGGCUACAUAGCAGGAUGCUGGGGUAAAAGUGGGGGGUGUGUGAUAGCACCCAAGUUUACUUUAAAACAUUUAUGUAGUCAUCAGAAAGAGCAAGAAACAGUAGAUGGGAUUAAGAGAUCCAUAUCAGGUUUAUUACAGUAAAGAUGUAUCAAAACAAUUUUUCUUUUGCAGGGAAAUUCCAAUAAGGUGAGAGCUUACUUCUCAUCAGAAACUAAACAGGUAGAACAAGGAUGGCAAUGCAUAUUCUUCUUAAUUAAAAAGAGCGGUUGUAUCAAACUGUGCAUGACCUAUUGUUACAGCUGCAACCAGAAACAUAUAUUUACCAAGUGUGUACAAAGGAGGUGGGUAGGGUACUAGACAAGUGACUGCAGAUGCCACUUAAACAUAACAGCAGCUAUAAAUAUACACAUGCCUUUUCCUGACUCCUUUAAAAGUUAUACCAUUGAGUCAAGGUAAUGGUGGACUUACAGUACUUCCAGUGGAAUGAAAAAUUAUACACACACACACACACACACACAUACAUACAUACAUACAUACAUACAUACAUACACACACACACAGUACCAGCACAAAUUCAAAUGAUAAAGGGGGAAGAGAGUAUAUAUAUCUCACUGAUGUAAAUUUGGAGCUAGGUUCUGAGAUGUUAAAGUAUGUGUGUGUGCGCGUGUGCAUGCAAGCAAGUGAGCAAACGAGCAAGUAAGCGAGAGAAUGAAUAUAUAGCAAAACCCAAACACAUUACUAAAAGUCUCCAAUAGAAAAUACCCAAUUCAAAAGAAAGCAAAUCUGAAGGAAUAGAGGUAUACAGAAAAUGGAGUGUGUGUGUAUAUAAGAUACAUAGAAGACAAGGAAAUAGCAGACGAAGUGAGUGGAGGCAGUAACAAAAACCAUGGAGUAAACACAAUAUGUUAGAAAGUUGUAAUACUGGCAAACAUCAAAUAGCUUGUCUUGGGAGACAGAUUAUUUGACAGUAAACAGAUAUGUUCACUUAAUCUGAAGUCAAAAGAAAGCUGUAAAAUAGGUUUUAAAAACCAACACAAAUAUUACUGAAGAAUUAGUUCACUUCACAAUUAAAAGAUCAGCCCAUCAAAAAGCUAUAGGAAUAAACAUAAGUGAACCUACUAAUAGGGUAUGAAAACAUGAACCCCACUGCAGAAAAGGGUAAAAUGUUUAUCUCAAGUUACAUUUGAUUCUUGUAUUUCUAUUUAGCUUGCAUGUUCUGCAGAACCAUGUGACUUCCAGUUUUGUGAGUCUCCCAAACUUCUCUCUGUUGCUGAUUUCUAGACAACCUAAAAAUAUUUAGAGAUUUCAGAAUACAGAACUUUCAACAAUAGCAGAUCUAGGCAGAAGAUUAAAGAGAAAACAGUAAACAAGUCUAUUAAAUAACUUGACCUAACAAACAUGUAGAAAGCACUCUAUUCUCAUGAUGGCAAUAGAAUAUUUACCUAAACAAAUGUCAGAAGGCUAGAGACAUUUUUCAGUUGGUAUGGUGUUUGACUGUCAUGGCCAAAGCCUUGAGUUCAAUCACCAGCACUGGGUAAAAUUUGGCAUGGCUGUAUAUAUCUGUAACUCUAGCACUUAGGAAUGGAGGAAGUCCAAGGCUGGUUUGGGAUAUAUGAGACCCUGUCGUCAAGCACACAGAAACCCUGCAUACAUUUAAAAAGACUGGAAUGCAUAAAAGUGUUUCUCAGACUAUGAAAUGAAACUAGUAAUCAGCAACAGAGAGAAGUUUGGGAAACUCACAAAACUGGAAGUCACAUGGUCCUGCAGAACAUGCAAGCUAAAUAGAAGUCAUACGAAAUCAAGUGUAAUUUGAGAUAAACAUACAUGAUGCCAAGCUCUGAGUUGUAGCUAAUAUAAUGCCUGCCUUUGUAGCUAGUGUCAAAUUUACAAAGGAUACUGGGAUACUAUUUUUAAGACACUGAGAAAAUAUACUAUAAUAAUUAUAUAUAUGUAUAUGUGUGUAUAUACAUAUAUAUACAUACAUAUGUAUAUAUAUAUAUAUAUAUGUAAAAUUGUCCAGUGCACUAGGAAAAAAAAUCCAAGAUCCUGAAACAAAGUGAGUAAAAAUGUUAGAUGCAAAGCUAAUGACCUAAAGGAAGACAGAACCAACUCCUAGAAACUGUUCUUCGGCCCUGUGCACACACACACACACACACACACACACACACACACACACACACCAAAUAAAUGAAAAAAAUUAAAAGGCCCAAGUAAGCUGAAAGAAGAAAAUAAUAAUAGGGUAUGUCUUAAUAGAGAUAAUAAAUGAAAUCAGUCUUAGAAAUUAUCAGAAUUUACCAACCUUUAUUUAGACUGACCAAGAAAAAAUAACUCAAAUUACUACAAUUAGAAAUGAAAGAGGACUUUACUAUAGACCUUAAAGGACAAAAACAAAAACAAAAAAAGAUCACAUGUCCUUAACUCAGGGAAGACAGACAGUAUCUUAAACAAAACACACUGCCAAAUCCUCUAGAAGUGAGGAUUUGUGAACCGAACAGACCUAUAAGAACAGUGAAGUGAGUUUAUCAAUACAUUACCCACAAAGGAAGGACCAGGCUCCAGGGACUUCUUGGCUAAUAUCAAACUUCAGAGAGAAUAAGAGGAAACAUUUCUCUCUCUAAAAGGCCAGGUUUACUCCAGGAACAAAAUCAGACAAAGCUAUGCAAUAAAAUCCCAGGCAACAGCUUGUGAAUAAGCACAAAAUCCCUCAACAAACCAAACAUGAAAUCAAAAAUUGCCACCAUAAGUAAAAGAGACUUGCAAAGGGAAGGCAGAUGAUCUCACAUGAAACCCAAAUGUAGUAUAUGUACUGGCUGGUUUUGUGUGUCAACUUGACACAGGCUGGGGUUAUCACUGAGAAAGGAGCUUUAGCUGGGGAAAUGCCUCCAUGAGAUCCAGCUGUGGGGCAUUUUCUCAAUUAGUGAUCAAGGGGGAAAGGCCCCUUGUGGGUGGGACCAUCUCUGGGCUUGUAGUCUUGGGUUCUAUAAGAAAGCAAGCUGAGCAAGCCAGGGGAAGCAAGCCAGUAAAGAACAUCCCUCCAUGGCCUCUGCAUCAGCUCCUGCUUCCUGACCUGCUUGAGUUCCAGUCCUGAGUUCCUUGGUGAUGAACAGCAGUAUGGAAGUGUAAGCCGAAUAAACCCUUUCCUCCCCAACUUGCUUCUUGAUCAUGAUGUUUGUGCAGGAAUAGAAACCCUGACUAAGACAGUAUACAUUGUUAGCAUAUCAAAACCACAAUGAAUACAGUAAAAGGCCUUUAAUAACAUCCAACACCAUUUUAUGAAACAACACUCAAUAAGCUAAAACUUCACUGGGUGAAAGCAGUCUAUCUGAGGUUACAGGUGAGGUGGAUAGAGGAGAGAUUUAAUGCCACAUUCCAAUAGCAACAGACUAGUUAAUUAUUUUCUCUGUUAAGACCAGAAAGUAUACAAGGAUUUCUGCUUUUAACAUUGCACUGGAUGUUCUAGCCAUGCUAAUUGAGAAAUGGAAUUUGGACAAUAGUACAAUUAUUAAGGCUGCAUAAUCUGCACAUAAAAAUAGUUGACACAAAAUAUGCUUAAAACUCAGUAAGAGGUUCAGGACAGGAGACUGAGUUGAGUGUAGAGUGCUUGCUUUUCUAGCGUUUUAAUGGCUUUAGGUCCAAUCCCUACACCACAGAAAACCAACCAACUUAGCAAGGUUGCUGGAUACUAACAAGGCACAGAACCCAACUGUUUUCUGUACUCUUGCAAUGAGACCAUCAAAACCAAACAGCUGCAUUUACAAUACCAUCAAAACCUACAGGAAAAUAACAAGGGUGAGAGCUACAUUCUGAAAGCAUGAAUCAUUGUUAAAACUGAACCUAAACAAAUGUGAAAACAUGCCAUGUGGAAUGAAGACGGAACUGAAGAUGACCGAGUUCCCCAAAGUGAUCUGUAGAUUUUCAUGUGACUCUUUUAUGACAGUGACAACUUGACUCUAAAAUUUUUAUGGACUUCCAAGGGACUCAGAAUAGCUAAAAUAAUCUAAAGUAAAAUAAAAUUAGGACUCAUAUUUCCCAAUUUCAAAGUUUACAAAAAAAGCAAGAGUCAUUGAGAGUAUAAAGCACUAACUAUGAGAGACACAGAUGAACAUAAUCAAAGAGAUGGUCUCGAUAGAACCCACAGGUCCACAAGAACUGACUCCACAAACAUGCAACGUUUAUUCAGUGGGGAAACAUGGCUUAAGUAACGGUGUGGCAGCCAGAAAACAACACAAAGCGUGAAGCUGGACUUGAAUCUCAUACCACAUGUAAAGAGGACUCACAGUUAGUCUGCAGCUAUGAAAUGCAGAAGACAUGGAAACACUUCAUGAUACUGGACCUCAAACUGGGUAAUGAAUUCUCAGGGCAGAAACUCCCUCCCCCUCCAAACAUAUAAUAAAUCUUUGUUAAGUAUUGAUGAGAAA